AUGCACUGGCUAGCUGCCCUCGCCCCCUUCAUCGGCCUCGCUGCCGCUGCUUCCCAAGCCGGCGGCCGGGCCCCCAAGAAGGUCAAGAUUCACGGGAUCAGCCUCCUCGGAAGUGGCUGCCCAGCCGGCACCGCCAAUGUGCAGGUUGACGCCACCGGCUCUCUCUUCGAAGCCACGUUCUCGGAGUACACAGUCCAGACUGGCCCAGGCACCAGAGCUGUCGACUGGCGCAAGAACUGCAAGCUGACUUUGAACAUGGAGUUUGACGAUGGCUUCCAAUUCUCUAUCCUCGACACAGACAUGAUCGGCUUCGCCGAGAUCCCUGCUGGCGCCAACGGCCGGUGCACUAAUACAUUCUCUUUUACUGGCCAAGGCAGAGAGCACGUCGACUACUCCAUUGGGCUGCGCGGAAAGUACAGCGGUAAUUUCGAUCUUGAAUCUCACCCUGGCAUCCUGUCUUGGUCGCCAUGCGGCGGCAGUACAGCGAUUCUGAACAUGAACACUGCUUGCAACAUUAGCCCAACACAUCUGCCGGCGCUAAUUGCUGUCGACCAUAUUAGCGGCAAGCUGACAGUCAAGUUCACCGUCCAGUGGAGAAGUUGCUUCAAGCCAUGA